UCCAUCUUAUAUAACGACCUCUUCAGUUCAGUUCAGCAGCAUCAACAAGUCCACCCCCUCUCCAAGUCUCCACCAGCUAGCUCAAGAACCCGCACACACAGCGUCUAGAAGGCCACGACGGCAAGAGACCGUGUCAUGGGCGAGGAGGAGGAGGAGGAGCAGGUGGCGGACACGCCGCGGGUGGUGGGCGUCCUCUCCGCGCUGCUGGAGCGCGUCGUGGAGCGCAACGAUGCGGCGGCGGAUGAGCUCGCCGCCGGGGACGCGCCCGCGCCCGCGGCGUCGCUGGCACCGGCGUCGGCGUUCCGGGCCACGGAGAGGCCGGAUAUCUCGGUGCCCUCGUACAUGGCGCGCAUCGCGCGGUUCGCCGGGUGCAGCCCCGCGUGCUACGUGGUGGCCUACGUCUACCUCGACCGGCUCCUGCGCCGCGGCCAGCGCCGGCGCGCCGCGCUCGCCGUGGACUCGUACAGCGUCCACCGCCUCCUCAUCACCGCCGUGCUUGCGGCCGUCAAGUUCAUGGAUGACGUGUGCUACAACAAUGCCUACUUCGCCAGGGUCGGCGGCAUCAGCCUGGCGGAGAUGAACUACCUGGAGGUGGACUUCCUGUUCGCCGUCGGGUUCGACCUCAACGUGUCGCCGGAGACGUUCGGGCGCUACUGCGCCGUCCUCCAGGCCGAGAUGCUGUGGCUGGAGCUGGAUAAGACGCCGGCGACCCCUGCUGGUGCCGCCGGUCCAAGGCAGCACAGCUGCUGCCUGUCCGAAGACGACGGCGCCGCCAGCAGCAGCAGCGGUAGUUCUCAGCAGCAGCUAGCUGCAUAGGGACAGGUACAGUACAGUACAAACAUUGCUUCCAAGCAAGCAGCCAUGUGCGGCCACUUGUCCACGUACAGUACAGACGUGCUUGCUUGGAAGCAAGCAUGGAGUGCGCACGGCUGCGUCUGCGUGUGAUUGAUUUCCUGUCUAGCGCUUAGCUCUAGCUUGUUAUUUUGAACGAACAUGUUAUUAGGCGCUCUAUACAUGCUCUUUUCUUCUUCUUGUUCAUUUGGAGAUCGAAAAAUCGCAAUAAGCAAUUCAAAGUU